CUCCAUGGCCCAAAUUGCCUGAUCUUUUUUUUUUGCCUGAUUAAGAAGCAUCGAUCGGGUGCUACUAUAGUGACACCAUUUUUGACCACUCUCGCUCCAAAUCCAGGUCAAACCCAGGCGAUUAGUUUCUAAUCCCAUUCAAAGCUCUCCGCCGUCGUCCCCUUCCCCCCAACCCAAGCCGCUUCUCGCUGCAGGGCAACUCCGCGCCGGCCGGUACGCAGCCCGCCGUCGAGUCGCUGCGCACCGACUGGCCACCACGGCGCGCGCCGCGGGCCGCGCGUCGGCGGCGGCCGCCAUGGGAUUCGACUUCGAGUACAAGAGGGACGCGUAUGGAUUCGCGGUGCGGCCGCAGCAUCUGCAGCGAUUCCGCGAGUACGCCAAGAUUUACAAGGAAGAGGAGGAGGAGAGGGCGCAUAGAUGGAGAGACUUCUUCGACAGGUUGGCUGAUUAUGCGAAUGUGCCCGCCACACCCAGCGUUUCACCAUAUGCUGCUGCCAGAGAUGGUGAUGCAGGAGCAGGGAAAGUGGAAGAGAACAACAGUGCUAGAAUGCAUUGUGAUAAAAAAGAAGAUGAGGAAAUGGAGAAUGCAGAAGAUAACUAUAAAUUGGAAGACCCGAAUGAAGCUGAUGCCAGCAAUGAAUUGCAAGAAGCAAAUGGUGUGUCAGAAGAUCAGAAAGAUGUAACUGACAACGUGGACAAAGUGGAAGAGGAGACUAGUAGUAGGUCCGCAGAGGUGACCAAAGCCUCAGAAGAAUUGAAGGAAGUGAAUGGGGACAUGGAAGAACUAAGAGAUUCAAAUGGAGGAUCCAAAAAAUUGGAAGAUGGGAAUAGUGGUAACUUGGAAAAGCUGGUAGAACUCUUCUUGGAUAAGGGUUUGUUGGAUGAACUGAAGCCCAUAAAAGUUGAGUCGCAGAGGCGUGUACGGGCAGCGCUUAGCAUCAUUGAGAAAAUGAUGAGCUCUCGGGUAGUGAAGAGAGAUGAUUGUGCAAAUGAUAUUCGUGGAAAGGUUGCUAUACAGCUUGCUUCUAUUGAAGAGGAAGGAAGAACUGCAGAAGUGAGUCAUGAAGGGGAUCCAGCAGAGGCUGUGCCUCAUGUUGCAGAGAAUGUGGAGCUUGGGCAAGAGACACCUGAUGAUUCUACAGGUACUGCUCUGGAGGGAGGUGAGGAUGGGUCUUAUUUUCCUUGGAAGGAGGAGCUUGAGAGCUUGGUUCGUGGAGGCGUGCCAAUGGCUCUUAGAGGACAGAUAUGGCAAGCUUUUGUGGGUGUUGGUGCUCGGAAAAUUACUGGGUACUACAACAAAUUGCUUGAAGGUACCACAAAAUCGGAUGAAAAGGACCUAGUCGACCCAAUGCUCAAUGAACAGACAAGUGCACGAAGAAAAGUCGCACAACCUGAGAAGUGGAAAGGACAGAUAGAGAAGGACUUGCCACGAACAUUUCCGGGACACCCUGCAUUAGAUGAGGAUGGGAGGAAUGCUUUGAGGCGGUUAUUAACCGCAUAUGCAAGGCAUAAUCCAUCAGUUGGGUACUGUCAGGCCAUGAACUUUUUUGCUGGGUUAUUUUUGUUGUUCAUGCCUGAAGAAAAUGCAUUUUGGGCUCUAGUAGGGGUUAUUGAUGAUUACUUUGAUGGUUACUACACUGAAGAAAUGAUUGAAUCUCAGGUUGACCAGCUCGUCCUUGAGGAAGUUGUACGAGAAAGAUUCCCUAAAUUGGCUAAACAUAUGGAUUUCUUGGGAGUUCAAGUGGGAUGGGUGACCGGACCAUGGUUUCUUUCAAUUUUCAUCAAUAUGCUUCCAUGGGAAAGUGUACUUCGCGUUUGGGAUGUUAUCCUUUUUGAAGGAAAUCGUACAAUGUUGUUCAGGACUACUCUUGCUUUGCUGGAUUUAUAUGGGCCUGCACUGGUGACCACAAAAGAUGCCGGAGAUGCAAUUACACUACUUCAAUCUCUUGCUGGAUCUACUUUUGACAGCAGCCAGCUAGUGUUGACAGCUUGCAUGGGCUUUCAGUCAGUUAGAGAAAUGGGAUUGCAAGUGUUAAGGAAAAAGCACAGGCCUGAAAUUUUAACUGCAAUGGAGGAAAGAUCGAAAGACCGUAAUUCCUGGAAAGAUAAGAAGGGGUUAGCGACCAAAUUAUAUAGCUUUAAACAUGAUCCUUCAUGUGUGUGCUCACCAGUUAAGUCCAAGGAAGGGGCGGAUGGUUUGAAAUUGAAUGGAGACACUGGAUCAACAAAUCUUGAGACCUACCUUAGUACGAGUUCUAUACUAGAAAAUGAUUUGGAUCAGGGUGUUGAUCUUCAAGAUCAGGUGUCAUGGCUAAAGGUUGAACUGUGCAAGCUGCUUGAGGAGAAAAGAUCAGCAGAUCUCAGGGGUGAGGAGUUGGAAACUGCUUUAAUGGAGAUGGUCGAGCAUGACAACAGAAGGACGUUGAGUGCCAAAGUUGAGAAAUUGGAGGUGGAGGUAUCUGGACUGCGAAAAGCUUUUGCGGACAAGCAAGAGCAGGAGCAAGCAAUGCUUCAGAUCUUGCUAAGAAUGGAGCAAGAACAGAAAGUAACAGAAGAUGCACGCAUAGCUGCUGAGCGAGAUGCUGCUGAAAGAAAGCACGCUGCUCACUUGCUCCAGGAGAAGUAUGAAGCAGCAAUGGCAGCACUUUCGCAAAUGGAGAAGAGAGCUGUAAUGGCAGAAACAAUGCUGGAGGCUACAAAGCAGUACCAGGCUGGGCAGGUUAAAGCCAACCAAUGUUUCACUUCAAGUUCGCCACGCGCAGACCAUGUUCCUGGGAAGACGAAUCAAGAGCCAAAUCAAGAUGCAUCUAACAGGAGAAUGGGUCUGCUUUCUAGAGGACUUGGAUGGCUCGACAAGAGCAAGCAGGCAAGGCAGAAUUCCACUGAAACAGCUGGAAGCUAAACUCUUAGUCUUGGAGGAAGUCGUAGCUCUCAACAGGAUCUGGACUGUUCAUUAAUGGUUGGACUGCCUGAUUGCCAUAACGAUGUGUUAAGAAACAGUAGUGAUAUUUUCCCCAUGGGAAAAUUCAGCUGCUAUUUUCCAAGUUUUGCAGGAAGUGUACCUUGUAUCAUAUUGAGUUCAGUUGUCAGAUAAAGUUUUGUUGGUAGGUUUGGAAAACUGUUGUAAGUCAUUGGUGUAAAUUUUCUUCUAUUAGUUUCAUUAAAAUUGUCAAUAGUUAGUGUUCCAAGUAGGAGAAAGAAAAGAAUGGUCUUCCAAUAUACACAUGGAAAAAAAAGAGAGGAAAAUUUGUGCUAUUAGUUUAUGACACUGUCAUGGAGGAGUUGUUCUGGAGAGAGCAUGUUUUAUUUCUCUUCAGAAAGUUGUCAAAACCACUGUGAAGAAAUGAUCUCUUUGUAUUUUUGUUCCUUCAAUACAGGUGGCUUGCAACAAAUUCUUGAUAUGUGAAGAUUGUUUUCUUA